AGCAAAAGAGGCAUUCAUCAGAGUACGGAGGGAAAAGAAAACAAAGCCCUUCUUACUUUGGUCCUCGAGGGUUUAAGCGUCCUACAAAACCGACAUGGGUUUUGGCUCAGAAGAGCAAUUCACAAAGCUCGUUACCUACUGAAGCAAUUUUCCCAAGGAAUGAUGCCCAUUUCUCGCUUCUGUUUCUUUUCCUUGAGAAAUCGCUCAAAGGAGGCUUUCAAUUUACUCAGGAGGUCUGCCCCAUCCAAGAGUAUUCAGUCUCGAAACUAUGCAAAUACCUCGAAACGUGCUAGUAGGAGAACAGAUAUCAGUACUUCAACGCCAAUAGAUACACCACCUUCUCACUCUCGGGGUUCUUUUUUCCUCCCAGCAGCUGCUACUGUACUAGGAUUUGCUGGGUUGGCAGCUUUUCUUCAUUAUAAUGAUGAGAGGAGAGUAGUAAUGAAAGGCCAGGAAUCCCAGGAUAACUGCUCAUGUGUAAAUGAUAUCAAGGGGCCUAUAAUUGGUGGUCCAUUUACUUUACAGGACACAGAGAAUCGUACCGUAACUGAGAAAAAUCUUCAGGGCAACUGGGCAGUACUCUAUUUCGGAUAUACUUCCUCUCCUGAUGUUGGACCAGAGCAAGUCCAGCUUAUGGCCAAGGCUAUAAACAUACUAGAAUCAAGACAUAAUCUCAAGGUUCUACCAGUAUUUGUUACAAUUGAUCCACAACGUGAUACCCCUUCUCAUCUGCGUGCCUAUCUUAAAGAGUUUGAAUCAAAGAUUCUAGGUCUAACAGGACCUGUAACAGCUAUCAGACAGAUGGCUCAGGAAUAUCGUGUUUUCUUCAAAAAGGUUGAAGAAGAUGGGGAUGAUUAUCUCGUUGAGUCUUCCCACAACAUGUAUUUGAUGAGUCCAAACAUGGAAGUUGUGAGAUGCUUUGGUGUAGAGUAUAAUGCAGAGGAACUGUCAGAAGCAAUACUGAAGGAGCUUAAGUCAAGAGAACCUCAACUCAAGGGCUGAAAGGGUGGGGGCUGGGGGGAAAUAGAUUAUCAGUCAGUGACUGGUUUUUGUGGUUGCUGAAAAGGAAGCUUCUGCAAAGCUGGUUUCCAGGUUAACCUUCAACUACCUAACUGAAGUCUGAGAAUGAGUCGGUAUCUUAGCCAAAUAUAAAACUAUCCUGGUAUCCAACUACAUCAGUAUUUCCUUUUUAGCCAUUAACACCACACAGAAUAGAUACUUCCCAUGCUUCACAAAAUCACCAAAGGCUUAGUCUCACACAGUUUAACUCUGAUUCUUUUCUUUGAGUGCAAAAAUUGGUAUUCAAGCUCUUUAUCAAUAUCCCAGUUUCUAUACGGGGUUUGGUUAAAUUUAUAAAUCUGAUAUGCUUCCCUAUCAAUAUUUUUCAUAUGAAACUGCUUUUCCUAUUGUGAUUCAAUUACAGAAGGAAAGAAUCUGAACUUUAUGAGUUGCCUUUUUGAGAGGUUGUUUGAGAGUCGAGGCAACCAUUUAGGGCAGCUAUAAUGAAGCCAUGUCUUUUUUCAAACCUUGAAACUACAGUUUGUAUACAUAUCUCUGUUAAUAGUUGAGG